GAACAGCGGGCACCGAUCGUCUGGCAAGACAGUGGGCUCCGAGUCAACAGGCACGACAGUGGGCACCGGGUCAUCAGGUAUCGGAUUGUCUGGCUCGACAGCGGGCAUCGGGUCACCAGGUAUGACAGCGGGCACUGGGUCACCAGGCAUCAGGUCAUUUGGCUUGCCAGCGGGCACCGCGUCAUCUGGCAAGGCAGUGGGCACCGGGUCACCAGGUACCGGAUCAUCUGGAUCAACAGCGGGCAUCGAGUCAACUGGCCUAAUAGGAUCGUCGGGCUGGAUCAGUUCAUCAUGCUGAGUAGCGGCAUCAGGCUGAAUGCAGGCAUCAGGCUGAGGAGAGGCUUCAGGCUGAGGAGAGGCUUCAGGCUGAGGAGAGGCAUCCGGCUGAGGAGAGGCAUCCGGCUGAGGAGAGGCAUCGGCUGAGGAGAGGCAUCCGGCUGAAGAGAGGCUUCAGGCUGAGUCACGGAAGGCAGGUUCACCGGUUUGGAUACUGGCAGGAUGGUAUUGGUUGGAAAG